GCCGCGGAGAGGAGGGGCGCGCGAGAGUCUGGAGCCGACGCGAGACCGCAGGCGAUGAGGCAGAGGGACAGGAAGGGCUGGUGCGGAGGGGCGGCCAGGUCGGGCCUGCGAGGCUAAUACUUACUAAGCGGCAGCGCGUACUAGACGCCAUAUGGUACUCGAGUGGCCCUGCUCUACGAUUCCUAGGUGUCGGGAAGAUUGCCCCGUACGCGAUUACGCAGGCCGGGGAGGGCCGAGGCUCGCGAGGCGCCGACAGCCUGACAGCUGUCAGCACAGCGCCCUGGCCCCCCGCGUCCCGACGCGGGGCAGCACUUUUAGGACGAGAGCCUGAGCCGGGCCAGUCUCCCUUUCUGCCGCGGUGAGAGACGGGAGGCUGCCAGUUUGCAAGCACGGGGGGUGCCAGGCAGCGUCCGCGUCCGGCUCGGAAGGCACCCCGACCUCCCGGGCAGGCACUGGACCCGGCUGCCCUCUUCCUGCCCGCACCGAGGCACAGAGGCUUGUGGGUAACCAGGAGGACGUCAGCGCGACUGCAUCCCGGGCCGCGGGCCACAGCGAGGACUGCGGGCGGGUCACGUGCCGGGGCCCGGCGCUGCUCCGGGCCAGACCUCCGCACCGAGUGACGUGGGGGUAGUUGUCCCAGAGCGAUCACCCGAGAGCGAGAGGAAGGAGGCAGUGCUCCGCAGCCCCCCACCCCCCACCCACCCAUUCUAGGAAAUACGAGUAAAACAAUGACAGGACCCGGGAAACAGUCUUGAAGGGGCGUGCAGAUGUAGUUUCCUGGGGCCUGCUGGAAACGACUUAAAACGUUCAGAAACAAUAACUUACAAAGGAGACGUGCGUAACGAUCAGAUGAGGAAACCGACACACACUCUUCCUUUCUGUUCUGAGAAUUACAGAACCCUGUCACUGCAAAGUGUCGUGCUAGCCAUGGAGACUACAGUGCUUGAGCUAUUUGCUAUUAUUAGGAAUUCCUGGUGUGUUUUCUAUUCAAAUGCCGCCUCAAUUUUUUAAAAGAUUUUAUAAUUUUAUGUUUAUUAAUAUGUUGCUCGAGUGCAUAUGUGCCCCUUCUGCAUUCUGGGACACCAGGGAGGUUUCUGUCUUGGUUAGAUGAAACAAAAAAUAAAUAUGGCCUUCUACAGUUAUAAUUCAUUCUUAGCUAUUUUCUGGACAAGAUUGCCUACCCAUUUUGUCUAUCCUUCCUGCUCUCAUUCCCCAUCACUUGCAUUUCUCCACUUGCCAGAUUCUCAUUUACGUACAACCUGUAUGAAAAACUAUGGAAGCAGGAAAUACUCUUAUCCCAGUCUGCCAGGCAACAAAGUCCACCCUUUACGAACUAGACUAACACAAAAACUGCACACAUCAACCCGCUGGCUACAACCUCAGCUGGAGAAAACCCCAGAAAAGCCAAAAGUGACAAGCUCUGAGCCUACCAAAGAAGCAGAGACAGAGAUUACAGAAGAAAAGCGGUCAUUGAGACAAAAAAUCAUGGAUGAACUUAAAUACUAUUACAAAGGAUUCUAUUUACUUUGGAUUGACACCAAAGUUGCUGCCAGAAUAGUUUGGAGGCUGCUGCAUGGACAGGUGCUAAGCAGAAGAGAGAGGCGACGGCUGUUGAGAACUUGUGCUGAUGUCUUCCGCUUGGUCCCAUUUAUGGUGUUCAUAAUUGUACCUUUUAUGGAAUUCUUGAUACCAGUGUUCCUGAAGUUCUUCCCAGACAUGUUGCCAUCAACUUUUGAAAGUGAAUUGAAAAAGGAAGAAAAACAGAAGAAGAAGAUGGCCGCCAAACUGGAAAUAGCAAAAUUCCUUCAAGAAACAAUGAAAGAAAUGGCAAAGAGAAACCGAGCCAAGCUGGGAGAUGCCUCUUCAAAGCUUUCUUCCUAUGUAAAACAGCUCCAAACAGGCCACAAGCCCAGCACUAAGGAGAUAGUUGGCUUCUCCAAACUCUUCAAGGACCAGCUAGCACUGGAACAGUUAGAUCGGCCCCAGCUGGUUGCCCUGUGCAAGCUGCUAGAAUUGCAGGCCUUUGGAACAAACAACUUGCUCCGAUUCCAGCUCCUGAUGACACUGAAGUCUAUAAAAGCAGACGAUGAAAUAAUUGCCAAGGAAGGGGUGAAGGCUUUGACAGUGUCAGAGCUCCAGUCUGCGUGCCGGGCCCGGGGGAUGAGGUCGCUGGGUCUCACAGAGGAACAACUGCGGCAGCAGCUCACAGAGUGGCUGGACCUCCACUUGAAGGAGAAUGUCCCUCCUUCUCUUCUGCUCCUGUCACGGACCUUCUACCUGAUAGAUGUGAAGCCAAAGCCUAUUGAACUACCGCCAAGUAUAGAGGCUCCAAAGGCAAAGCUUCUCAUGAUGUCAUCUAGUCCCCCUGAGUCAAAGGAGAAUAUUGAGGAUCCUGCCCCCCAACUAAAGGAAACUAAGGAUGAAGAAUUUAUACAAGUGCCCCCAGCACCACCAUCAGUCAAAACACCACCAGCAACUGUUUCCAAAGAAGCAAUCCUCCAGGCCAAGUCCCAGAAGACCUCAAAGAACAGCAAGGCGAAUUCAAAAGGAGCCUAAGGACCCGGUGGAGGUGGAGCCCACUCUCUCCAGUCACUGCCCCUCAGCAGUGGUGUCCAUGAAGGAAUUCUAGCUAAGACCAUCUGGCUUGAGAUAGGAUCAGCCAUUAGGUCGUUGGAGGCCUCGUGACCAUUCCAGGGAUUCGAGCUGUGACACCAAGUUCAAGCCAUUUAGAGAAGCUUAAUUGCAGUCUAUACUGUGUAAUUGUGUCAUCUUACUAAACAUUGUGUGAAACCAC